GGUUGAUUACGUGUAGCUAGCUCCCCAGCAGUAGCUAGCUUGUCAGACGAGUCAGUUUCACCGACUUUUUUUUAUUACCGUUUUAUUUACCUGCUUCUCUUGGAGUUGUUUUUAAGUGUAUAACGAAAAGGACAAUAUGUAAAGCCACCGAUAACGUGGAAACGCAACGAGUGGACUUUUAGUCGGAAUUACUAAGAUGUAGCAGAAUGAAAACACCACAAGCCUGUUUUGAAGUGGGAACAGAAAAGACAGGACGAUUUUCUUGAGCCCUCUGAACAGCAGGCAUUAACAUCCAUACACAUGGUCACAAAUUCUCCAGAAGUUGUAAAGUGCACUCAAAACGAGACGCUAAAGGGAGGAACAUGUUUGCCAAGCUGAAGAAGAAGAUUGCAGAGGAGGUGGCCACAGCCCCCAGAAGUGGUGUUCGGAUCCCCCGCACUAUUAGCAAGGAAUCUAUCACCUCAGUGGGAGCUGACUCUGGGGAUGACUUUGCAUCUGACGGCAGCAGCUCCAGGGACGACUUGUCAGCCCAGCUUCUUAGAAGAAACGAUCAGAUCCGAAAGCUGGAGGCCAAGCUGUCAGACUACGCUGAGCAGCUACGAAUUAUGCAGAAGACCAAGGAGAAGCUUGAAAUUGCUUUAGAAAAGCAUCAGGAUUCAUCCAUUAAGAAACUCCAAGAGCAGAAUGAGUGUCAUCAGAGCAGCAGGGCCAAAAUGGCUGAGGGAAUGGCUUUAGCUCUGGAAAAAAAGGAUCAGGAAUGGAUGGAGAAGAUGGCUGAUGUAGAAAACGAAAAAGCUGCCCUGUCAGUUCGGCUUGAGGAGAUGAUGGAACAAAGCUUAGCACUCUUCCAGAAAAGGGAUGACCUGGAUGAACUGGAAGGCUUUCAGCAGCAAGAGCUUGCUAAAGUUAAGCACAUGUUGCUGAGAAAGGAGGAGAUGCUGAGCCAACGGGAGCGGGAGCUCCAGCAGAAGGAGGCUGAGGUUCAGUCAGCGAGGCGGGGCCUGUCCGAGGCUCGGGGGAAACUCCAGUCUCUGCAGCAGCAGCAUGAGGACAGCAGCAGACUCAACUCAGAGCUGGAAAUAGAGCGAGAAGAACUGCUGCUGCUCCGAGAGGAAGCCGACAAGAAGAUCUGUGAACUAGAAACACGAUGCCAGGAGCUGCAGGCGGUCAUCCAGCGGGUUUCAGAAGACUUCCAAACGUCCCACAACAUGGCGUCAUCUCUAGAGAAAUCCCUCCAUGAUUUGCAGGCUGAAAAUGAAUCCCUGAAAUUACAACUACAGAAGGCUGCAGUGACGGAGGAGGAGAAGGCGAGGCUGCUGGUGGAGCUUCAGAGGAAGGCUUCGUCCCUGGAGAGACGGCUGCAGGGGAAUCUGAGCCAGGACGAGCAUCUGCAGGAGUUCCUUCAGGAGAAAAGUGACCUUGAGCUAAACCUGGAAGAGACGAGAGCAGAACUGUUGGCUGUCAGGACCAACCACUCCGACACCGUCAGCUCUCUGGAGGCACAGGUGUCUAAGAUGAGUGGCAGUAUCAGUGAGCUGCAGACUCUUCUUCGUCACAAAGAGGACUCCUCUAAGGCUUACAGAGAGAGAACAGAUGCUCAGAUUGCCAGUCUGGAGCAGCAGGUUGUGCAGAGUACAGAGAAGAUGAAGAGUGCAGAGCAGCAGGUCACAGAGAAACAGCAGCAUAUGGAGAAACUGCAGGGGGAGUGGAGUGCUGAGAAGGCCUUUCUGGAGCAGCAGUUGUGUUUGUUGGAGCAGCAGAGUGUGGAGAGGGCCAGCCGGCUGGAGGAGAACAACUCCUCUCUGCAGACAGACAAACAGUCUCUCCUGGACAGGGUGGCUGACCUGGAUAAACAGGUUGUUGAGGCCAACACCAUGUUAAAGCAGCAAGCAGAAGAGCUGGAGAACUGUAAGGCGGAGCUGAGCAGCCGGCUGACGGUGAGCACAGAAAUCGCCAAAUCUCUGGAAGAAACUAGACAGCAGAAGCAGGAGCUGCAGACACAGAUUGGUGAGCUGACUGUGGGCCUACAGAACUCUCAACAGGAGUUAUCUACCUCUGCUAAGAAACUUCGACUGAGAGAUGAGGAUGUCCAGACACUUCAGAAUGAGCUGCAGAAUCGGCAGGACUCUUUGGCUCAGCUGCAAGAGGAGACGGAGCGGCUGCAUGCCCAGCUGCAACAGGCAGAGCUGGACAAAACCUCCCAGCUGACGAGUCUGCAGGGGGCACUGCAGAGCCAGACACAGCAGCUGGACAGCUGCCAGGCGCGGAUCUCGUACCUGGAGGUGGAAGUGGAAACGCUAACAGAGCAGCUUCAGAGUCCGGAGGUGUGUGAGGAGGACCAGAACGGCUGUGUCACCGUGGACGACCUAGAUCACAUCCACCGGGUCAACAGAGAGCUGGAGCAGCAGCUCAGCGAUAAGAACCGGACCAUCAAGCAGCUGCAGCAGAGGCUGGCAGAGUUAAAGAGAACUCUACAGAAAGAACUGAAAUUAAAGCCUGAACCCGAAGCUGAAGGGAAGGAGAAGUGUUUGGAAAACCGAGCAGAAAAACAGGAGCGUGUUCAUUUGGAUCCACUGCUGUCAGCUGCCCCGAGCCCUCCCACUUCCAACACCACCGUGACCAACACCGCUGACCUCAACGACUCACGGGAAAUCAACUUUGAGUAUCUCAAGCACGUCGUCCUCAAGUUCAUGUCCUCGAGGGAGGCGGAGGCAUACCAGCUGAUCAGAGCUGUGUCUGUGCUGCUCAACUUUACUCGGGAGGAAGAGGACAUGCUGAAGCAAACUCUGGAGUACAAGAUGUCCUGGUUUGGAUCCAAACCUUCUCCUAAAGGAAUCAUCCGGCCUUCCAUCUCAGGCUCUUCCACUCACUGGAGCUGAUGAGCAUCAAAGUGAACUGCAGUGGUGAAACUGAAGGAAAUAAAGGACCAGACUAGCCAGGAAGAGGACCUCUUUGAGUUGUGGCUCCUGUUAUUGACCUUUGAACCGCCUCCUACAGCUUCCCCCUGCUCUCUGUUACCAGUUAUCUGUGUGUUCCUGGUAAAAAAGGAUCUACACAGUAUCAUCAAGGCACAACCACCUUGCAUUUGGUCAUUGAUUUUUAAAAGGAACUGACAGUCUCGUUAGUAUCUGCUGCAGGUAUCUCAAUUUACCUCUGACAUUUGACACAAAUUGAAUGUUUUCCCCUCUGUGAUGCUGUAAGAGACAGGCAGACUGAUUGUUCUGUUCGAAAAAGCAUUACCAUGCUAACGCUGUCCUCACCAGACAGCGUUGGCUUGUUAUUCAGUGCUUCUCAUGUUUUAAAUCCAGAAUGCUUUCAUCAAUGUUAGUCUGUACAAAAGACUAAACUUGCAUUGGCUUCAGUUCUAAUAAGUAAAAUGGACAUAAUUAUUGACACUGGUGUCUCUGGAUCCAGACUGUCUUUACUUAAAACAAACAUCUCCUCAGACUGAGUUAGUUUUACUUCAAAACGUUCUGUGGAUGAUUCUAAAUUUUGACUGCUGUGUUUUCUAAAAUGAGUUUUAAUCAAAACAUUUUACUGGGUGAAAUUGACUUGUACUAGUUUUUUGGUACUUAAAGGCAACAUUUUACCGGCCACUGUGUGGUGAGCUAAAAACAGAAUGACCUUAAUUCAAACUGUUUUAAUCGUAGUGUGACUGUCAUUAAAAAAAGCUCGCUCGUUAUGCUUUUGUUCCAGCUUAUCGUGCAUCAUAUACAGUAACAGUGGCCCCAACCGGAGUGCCGGUCAGAUGUCUCUCUAACUUCUAAAGCUGGUCUACUGUUUUUAGCCCCAGUGCUAACAAUAAAAUAAAUUAAAUAAAAUAAGUCUAAGUCUAAAACCUGGAUCUGCUCAACAGGAAUAACUGGAAAAGAAAAAAAAACAAUAGAAGGAUACUAUGUAUAUGAUCUGUACCUGCCUUUCCUGUAAAUGAAUUUACAUUCCAACAUGUCUAUUUAUGUAUAGAGAUAUGUACAUACUGUAUGCAUUGAGAUCUUUCUAAAUCAAUGGAUGUAAAUAAUUUGAUUUGAUGAGUUUACAAUAUUUAUCAUUAGCAUCGUCCAGGACUUGAUGUAUCUGUGCUGCCGCCUGUCAAUCAGUCCACCUGCCUCAUGUUUUCCCUCAGUUCUCAGUUUGAUGAAUGAACUUUCAGACUUUAUAAUUAGGGGCGCACUUAUAAAUCGGCCCGCUGAUGAACUGGCCCUGAUGUCCUUAAUAUUGGGGGAUCAGAGAUCAGCUGAUAGCAGAUCUUCAUAUGUAUGUACUCCAAUCAUUGACCGAGUCCCCAUUAGCCACUGUCUUCUAUUUAGAAGCAUUUCAGACAAAAAAGACUGCUUUCACCUAAAUUUGGAAUUGGCAGCUCAGACUUUAAAGAUCGGCGAUCAGCCAGAAAAUUGCAAUCGGUGCACCCCUAAUUAUUACUCUGGAAUUUUAAGUUGCUUGUAUGGUUUUUCUUUGAUAUUCUGGGGUGCAGGAAAACAGUUUUGAAUGCAGUUUUGUUGUACUGUUUUACUAAUGACUGGUAGCCAACUGCAGUCAUUUUGUUUGCUUGGGUGGAAUGAACCGUCUCCAAGGAAAUUAACAGUGGGAGCACUUUGUAAUCUUAUCAGUUAAGCUGUGUUAUGUCUUUCACACUAUUCUUCCAUCACUACAACUUUGUGUCUAGCUUUUCUAUGAUUUAAUGACUGCCUUGAGCACAGUUGAUUGCUUUCCAAUGAUGAUUACAAAUAAACCCAGAAAGGUCAUGAAACCUGAUCUCUGAAUCCAAA